AAAUAUGUUCCGCGUAUGACGAUUCCACAAAUUUUAAAAGGAAGAACUAUUUUUGACAGAGAGAUGUCUAGAAAAUAUAGAAAAUUAUUGAGAUUUCCGCAUAGGGAUCGCACAAUUGCAAAUUUGAUUCAUUUUUUCAUUGAGUCAAGGAAAGAGAUAUCAACAUAUGAUGGAAUAAUUGCAUACGCUUUUGGUAAUAAUUUAAUGCAAUAUUUUAAUGCUACUGUAAAUCAUUCUUUAUUAUAUAAGCAUGAAAUUAAUGCUGGAUAUAAAUUAAAGGCUGAAUAUUAUUUUUUAUGCAAUCAUCAACAACUUGUCAAACCAAUUUUUAAUUUAGAGGGUGUUAAAAAAAUUUGGUGUUUUGUAUAUGGAGCAGUAUUUAUUUUACGAUUACUAAUUCUAUGA